GGCCUUCAAGAGAGAGGAGUGUCUCCAAUUUUCUCUUCAUUUUAGCGCGGAUUUCGUUGCGGAUCGAAGCUUGGGUUUCGUUCAUUCAAUUGGCUUCGGGCGUGUUCAGUGAUAGACCAUGAUGUCCCGUUAUAUCUGGGUGUACGCUAUGGCAGUGAUGGCGGUUGUGCUUGGCCCAACCAGGACUCGUGCAGUGCCAGUGGCCUCGCAGCCGAGCCCUAGAGGUCAAGUGAGGUCAGGUGUUUCUGGGUCAUUAGUCAAGGUCACGUUAGCUGACAGGGAGAAGUGCCAGCCAGGUGAUGUUGCGCCAGCGGUCCGAGUCAACACGACAGUUCGGGUUGCCAACUUGCGGGAAGAAAUGGAUAAAUACAACUUAACUGCGUACAUCAUCCCGAGCGGAGACGAACACCAGAGCGAGUACGUAGCGAAGGCAGACGAACGACGCAAGUACAUUAGCGGCUUCUCUGGCAGCUCUGGCUUGGCACUGGUGACCCUCUCUGCCCAAGCCCUGUGGACGGACGGGAGGUAUUUCCUUCAGGCGGAGGACGAGCUGGACUGUGCUUGGAUUAUCAUGAAGGAGGGACUGGAAGGGGUGCCAACAGUGCUUGAAUGGCUGAAGGAACUGCCAAUGGGUGCCACAGUAGGUGCCGACCCGCGUCUCAUUGGGGCUCAGACUUGGCAGUCAUAUGCUGAAGAACUGGAAGGUGUGGGUAUCGACAUGCUUGGAAUAGGGACGAAUUUAGUGGACGUCAUCUGGGAGGAAGAUGGUCGCCCGCCAUACGUUCAAGAUCCGGUCUUUGUGCACGAGAUUGAGUUCGCCGGCAAGAGCUGGCAAGACAAAGUGGCUGACGUCAGAGGCGAGAUGUCAGCGGCCGAGGCUGACGUCCUGGUGCUGACGGCUCUCGACGAGGUGGCUUGGCUGCUAAACCUCCGGGGUUCUGACAUCCCCUACAACCCAGUAUUCCGAGCAUACGUAGCCAUAUCGACGUCUUCUGUGGAUCUCUUCCUGCCCGAAAGUAAGACCACGGAGUCUGUGGAGGAACAUCUGAGCGUGAACGAGUGUUCUGAACAGCAGUGCGUGACGAUCCACGACUACGCCAGCAUCCUAGAUUAUCUGAAGGAUUCCCCAGCAGAGAAGAUCAUGGUCCCCGGCUCCUACGCUUACUCCGGCGGUGCCUCCUACGCCAUUUACUCCGCGGUGGAAGAAUCGGCCCGAGUGACCUCCACCUCGCCCGUGCUACUCAUGAAAGCGCGCAAGAAUGAGGUGGAGAUCGCGGGGAUGAAAAACGCCCAUCUGAAAGACGCUGUGGCCCUGUGCGAUUUCUUGAGGUUUUUGGAAAAGGAGAUCACCGCCGGCGCCAACGUCUGGACCGAAAUAUCCGCCGCGACGGAGCUGCGGUCCUUCCGGGCGGCGCAGGAGGACUUCGUGGGCCUCUCCUUCGCCUCCAUCAGCGCCUACAGCUCCAACGGCGCCGUCAUCCACUACGAGCCCACGGACGCGACGGACAGGCAGAUUGGGACCGGCUCCUUGUUCCUCCUGGAUUCCGGCGCUCAGUACAAGGACGGCACAACAGACGUGACCCGCACAAUGCACUACGGGGAGCCCACAGACGAACAAAUUGAAGCGUACACCCGCGUCUUGGCCGGACACGUGGACCUCGCCUCCGUCGUCUUUCCCGAGGGCACGACAGAUACCCGGCUCGAUGUGCUUGCGAGGAGACACCUGUAUGAAAUUGGUCUCGAUUACAGGCAUGGAACAGGGCAUGGCAUCGGCAUGUUCCUUGGGGUUCAUGAAUCACCAACGCAGAUCAGAAUUUAUGGCACAGAAAGUCACCCUUUUUAUCCCGGUUAUUUCUUCUCAGACGAACCCGGUUUCUACAAGGACAACGAAUACGGUAUCCGGCUCGAGAACAUUAUGGUCACAGUGAGGAAAACCACGCCGUACACCUUCGACAAGCCCUCUCUCGGCUUUGAGCCUGUCACUCUGGUUCCCUUCGAGAGGAAACUCAUAAACGAAACUUUGCUGAGUCGAAAACAGUGCGAGUGGCUGAACAACUACCAUGCAACUGUCUUGCAAUUGGUUGGAGACGAACUGAACGCUCAAGGAAAAGGAGAAUCAUACGAGUGGCUGGAAGAGAAGACGCGACCCCUUUGCGCCGGGGCUCUUGGUGUGUCUGCCUCUUCCUCUUUCUUUUUAAUAGUUUCUGCUCUUCUUGUGGUGCUGAGGAGCCAGUUUUUGUUUUGAAGGGUUUGGGGGGGGUGGGGGGGAUUUAGUUUUUGAGAUUGUGGAAUCAGAGGUACGAUUAAGGUUGAUUGUAAUGGUUGAUUGUAAAAGUAAGAGUUUUCCAACCUGGGGGAUACGGGGGUAUAUAUUAUAUCUCACCAGCGGUUCAUAUAAUUAUCCCUCACAUAUCAAUAAACUGGAAUCUUUAGUAGUUCUUGUCCUGUAGCUAUUGGCAGCUUUAGACUAUUCACAACGAGCAAUACCGAAUGUGAAAAGAUGAUCGUCAAUGAAUGGGGUCGGGGGCCACGGAAUAAAAAGGAUUGGAAACCACUGGUGAAGAGUGUUGUGAGUGUUUAUGAUACGGUGGUUUGGAGGAUCGAAAAGGCGUGUGAAUCGUUUCGGAUCCGAUAUGGAACAGUUUGGAUGUCCUAGAAUUGAUCAAGGUUUGGAAUUUAUAUUGUUAAAUGUUUUGAUAUUGCCUGAUAGCUCUUUUUUUUUAAAUAGAAAUUCAAAUGAUUAUAAUGUUGAAAAUUAAUUGAUUAAAUAAUGAUCUGUUCAGUUUUUUUUUCUGUCCGUUUUGUAUUGUAUACUUGCUUUCAGAAUAAUCAUUAAGUAUUUAAAA